CGUUCGGCGGACGCGCGCCGGUUUGGUUGUUUAAUGUUAUUGUUUAUUAUUUGUUCGAUGCCACGCGAUCAAACGGUUCUCGUGUUUCAAUUUAACGUUCGAAACGUGUCAACGGGGUUCGUGCAAAGACUCAUGAUUAUUUCAUGAGGUGGGAGUGUGAUAGUGAUGUGUUAAACGUUUCUCCUAUUAAAUUAACAAUAUAAAAGUAUACAUGCAUAUAUAUAUAUAUAUAUAUAUAUGUUUAUAUGUAUAUGUUUGUGUUAGUAGAAAGCUAAUAGUAGUGCAUUUGUAUCACCUGUGUAAACAGUGACGAACGUUUCUUGUGCAUCUGAAUACCGAAAAUAUAUAUUCUAUCUCAACGAGGAAGAGAGGAAGCUAGAGAGAGAGAGAAAGAAAGAGAGUAAGAGGGAGAGAGGGAGGGAGAUAAAGAUAGAAAGAAAGAAGAUAAUUAAUAAAUACGAAGGAAGAGAAAGACCGUAGAAACACAGACUUUCUUAUCUCUCUCUUGGGAUUCACACUCGGGACGAUUACAUUGCCAAAACAUAACAAAUAGUAAAUCUUCUAAACGACCGAUCAAGGAAAUUUCGAGGAACUAAACUCUUAUUGUUAGUUUCAUGGAAGUUGAUAAUAUAGGAAGGAGAAUGCAUUUUUUCUUGUCUUCUAAUGAAGACAACGUAAUAAUAGUAUAAUAAUAAUAAUAACAACAACAACAACAACAACAACAACAAUAACAAUAAUAAUAAUGAUGAUGAUGAUAAUCGAAAUCGAAACGUAGAAGAUACGUACAUAUAUAUUAUUAUUGUCGAGUUUCAAAUAAUCUCAUAGAACGAUAAUAUUAUAAAGCGAAGGAAAGACACAGUGCAAAAACUGAACGGCGCCUUCUCGAUCGUCGAACCGUCGCCUCGACCAAUAACGAACGUCGUCAUCUUCCCCCCUUCACCUUCAUCAUUAUUUUAUCUUUUUCUCUCUCUUUACGUGUACUCUGCUAUUUCGACGAAGAAAGAAGAAAAAGAAAAAGGAAGAAGAAGGAAAAGAAGGAGGAGGAGGAGGAGGGGGUGAUGAUGGUUUGGUGGGGGAGUUAAAUCGUAUGAAAUUUUUCGAGGUUAGAGGCGCCAUAGCAACGAUUCCGUGACCCGUGUAUGUGUGUGUUAAUUAAUUCGUCAUUAUUAAACGUGAUUCAGUCUCGUUUGAAUUUUGUUAUCCAUUGUGUGGAGGCAUUUAAAAGACAAUGUGGACUAUUGACUGAACGGGUAAUUUUUUGUUUUUCGGGAGGUGGUGGUGGUGGUGGGGGUGGGGGUGGUGGCGGAGGAGGCGAGGAGGAGGAAGAAGAAGAAGGGAGGAGCCGAUAGAGUAAAGUGAGAAGAAACAAAAGGCGGUGGAGAUGAUGAUGGCGCCACAGGUGGUGGGUGUUCUGCUGAAGAAGCCGGGACAGCAGAACCACCCGCGCAUAACGCCCCUCGAUCGACAGGAAACCAAGAUAAGGGGGGAGCUCUACGUCGAAAACCUGGCCGAGAGAAGGACCGUCUUAAUCAGGAUGGGAUGGUUGUGGGUCGAGGGUACUUCAAUGAAGUUACCCCUAAGGGCAUUGAACCUUCGUCAAGCGGCACCCAGUCUUUGUCAGCCUCAUGCCCUAGCCCUUGGAUUUACUCUGAGCAACUCUCAGGGGCAUUCGCUUGCUACGUUUUGGGCCGACACAGAACCGAUAUACUGGUCUUGGGUGAAAGCGAUAGCAGCAGAGUUGGUUAGACAGACUCCGUUUCGUGCUCGAAGAUGCCUGAACUUCCUCGAAAUCCUGACGAUUUGUCCAAGAAGUCCAGCACCAUUUCCGGAGAGUCUCACUGAAUCAAGGAGACGUUCACGAAGCGAACUUCGUUGUUGGCCGAUUGAAUCUCCGAUAGAAAGUAGUUCGAAAAAUUCUACGAGUAUACUCGAAGAAUCUAGAAGAAGAGCGAGAAGCGAGUUGCGCGGUUGGUCUAGCAGUAAUUCAAGCGACGAGGAUAAUUUAGGUGAAUUUCGUAGUAUACCGGCAAUAAUAACAACGAAGGAUCAAACUGUAACGAGAACAUGGGGUUGUAGCGAGAGUAGCGAAGGUAGUGACGACAGUCUUCCAUGGGGCGGUGGAAUUUGUCGAUCGAGUGUGGACUCCGUCGAUUCGACGAUCUCUUUGUCAGAACCAGAGACCAAAGAACAAAGGAUACAAAGGUACAAGGAAACGCGUAGACGAGAGAACGAAGCCAGAAGUCGUCGUGUAUUGGAAGAAGAUGCUAGAAGACGAAAAGCGAGAGCCGAGGAGAACAAUAAUGAGCUUCCAAAAAUAUACGGACCGAGAAAUAGAUAUUAUUCUGCAAAUGACAACGACGAUCUUAUUCAACGAUCACCGAAGAAGGAAUCACCGAUUGUUAAUGAGUCCACCGAGAUAGUUAGAAACGAAAACGUUAGAUUACCACCUGUCAAACCGGUCGAACCUUUCACGGUUAGAUUCGAAGAGAAUGAAAGACCCGAGGACAAUAAUAAUAAUAACGAUAGCAACAAUAAUAAUAACAAUAAUAAUAAUAAUAAUGGUAUUGUUGGAAACGAUCAAACCCGAUGCAAUAACAAUAACACCAAUGGCAUCUUAAGGACCGAUGCGAAUAACGAACGUAGAAGUCGAGCCAGAGAGAGGCGAAUUUUUCGUGAGAAGGGUCAAUCUCAACAGCCUCAACAAGUAACGAGUAACAACGUUGAGAGUUUGCAAGAACGAAAGGAACGAUUGGCUGCGAUAUCAUCAAGAAUACCGGUGCCGCGUCAGUUGUCUCAAGGAAACGAAAGAACAACCAUCGGUAGAUGCGUUACGAGUUCAUCAUUGAUGGAUGGUUGCAUGAGCUUGCCUAGAUCAUCAACGACAACAGCUCUGUCGAUAAUGAAGGAACCACCUUGCGAGGAGGACGUUGCUAGGCUAUUGGAAAGAUGUCAGAGGGUCGAUCAUUACGUACCGGUUCGUGAGAAGCUAACCCUGUUUGAAUCACUUUCGAGAUUAGGCGGUAGAUUGGCCAGAAGUACGGAGGAUCUUGGUAGAUCGGAAUCGAAACCGAGUCCAAGAGGAAAACAACGUGCCAGAUCUCUUCACGAUUUAAAUCGUGGCGCUAGGUCAGUACCGGUACGCGAAAUGUGCCGAUUUUUCGAAGGUGAUCUACGUGACACAGGUCAGAGCAAUACAAUUAACAACAAGUACACGACAUUGACAAAAACAUCAACUAGAUUCAGCGAUCCGCCGACGCCAACUAGAAACACAACAUGGAAGGAUAACUUGAUAUCUACGAAAAGCGACGCCCCAUGCGUUAGAACGUCUACGAGGAAGAAACAUUAUGCGAAAUGAUCAUUCUCGCGAUAAUAAUUAUUGCUUAAAAAGAAAUAAAAGAAUGACGUGUUCCUCUUGUUGUCUCUUUUUUUUUUCGAGGGAAGAAACGGAGAGAAAGUUUCUCGAUUGCGUUUAUUUCAACGAAGCUUUCAACGAUUCUAUCAUUUCGUACAUGCUCGUAUACGAUUGUUCGAUAAGUUAUGACAUGAAACUUAUGUUAUAAUAAAGAAGAUCGAGUCGAUAAUUAAUAACAUCUGAAAUAGAAGAAAAUAAGAAAUUCUUUGUAAAACAUUCUAAGAAAUUCUUGGUAAGAAUUGUUUCAUGGUAAGAGUACAAAAAAUCUUUUUCGAUACAAUAUCAAAUAUAAUUAUUAUUUCACGAUUUAAUUAUAUCCAAUUAUUUCAGUUGACGUGAUAAUUAUCGAUAAUUGAUAUAUAUAUAUAUAUAUAUAUAUAUAUAUAUAUAUAUGUGUAUAUAUAUAUGUAUACACACACCAUUUAUAUCGAAUCGUACUUUUUCUCUAAAACACAAUAACAAAAUUUAUGAAGAUAGUUGGUUCGAACAAGAAAAUUCGAAAAGGAAUAUCUUGAGUUAUAUAUGCGUUGUUGAGUACGUUUGACAAAAAAAGAAGAAAACGAAAAAAAAAAGAAAACGGAAAAAAAAAACAGAAAAAUUGAAAUCGACCGAGCGUUUUAUCGAUAUUAUUUUUCGAUUGAACACGAGAGAGAACUUCCUGUGAGAGAGAACAGAACGAGCAAAGAGCGAGCUCGAGAUCGAGCUAAGAUUUCCCGUCGAGAGAGACGGGACAAGAGAGGGAGUGGAGAGUGUGUGGGGGGUGAUGAAGGGGCAGGAGGAGAGGAGGGGGAAUCAGGGAAACCGGUAAUUUACGUUCACCGAGCGAUUGCAGCAAUGUCGAACACCUGUGUGGACAGCGCUGCUCUCCACGUAUAACACGUUGAUCGCCUUUACGGUCGACUUCUUUAAUUAUAUUUUUCUUUUUUCCCUUUUUUCACUCUUUUUUCCAUUCUUUUUUCAUUUUUCUUUUUUUUUCCUUUUUUCCCCUUUUGAUCGCCUUCGUGCCAUUUUUCUACGUACGAUAAACGUGAGUACUACGAGAAAACGGGAUUAUUUUCUCGAAUGGGAAUGUCGACAAGAGAAAGAAGAAAAACAAAGAAAAAAAAAAAGAAAAAGAAAUCAAAAAAACAUCAGUCGAAUCGAUAUCGUCUCGUAUUUCGUCUAGCAAAUUCAGAACAUCCGCUUGUUUGAUUACGUUACAACAAGGUUUGCUACAUUAUUACACUACUACUAUUACUAUUACUAUCAGAUACUGUUACUAUUACUCAUACAUCAACGUCGACUUCCGCUUAUUUCCAAUCGAAAUGAUCAUUUCCGUUCUCGUUUCUCUUUCCCCUUCGUUCUUUUCCUCUCUCUUUCUCUCUCUCUCUCUCUCUCUCUCUCUCUCUCUCUCUCUCUCUCUCUCUCUCUCAACUUUGAAAGCGAUCUAAUAAUUUCACUUUCCUAUACGACGAACUUCUCGAAAAUCUUUUGUAAUUAUAAAAAUAUUCCGUUAAAAUCUUUUUCGAAGGGUUGUUUGUUUAUAAAUCAACGAUAGAAAGAAAUUGGUAACGAUGAUGACAAUGUCGUACUUCCUUAUUGAUUUGUUGUUCUUUUUUGUCGUUCAUAUAUAUACACACACACAUAUAUAUAUAUGUAAUAAUAAUAAUAAUAAUAAUAAUAAUAAUAAUAAUAAUAAUGAUAAUAAUAAUAAUAAUAAUAAUAAUAAUAAUAAUAUUAAUAUUAAUAUUAAUAUGUGUAUAUUCUUCUUUCACGUUUUCGAAGCAGUCUUAAGCGAUAGGUAUGGUACUGCUUGACACGUGAAUUCUAUAAGGAAGAAAAAAAAAAAAGAAAAAAAAAACAAGAAAAAAGAAAAAGAAUUCGUAUCGAAAUAAAAAGGAAAGACCACCGUCUCAUUCUUAGUUUUCUUUCGUGAAUUUUGUAAAUAGAAUUUUUGAACUCGUAAGUCGGAUUUAUCGUUGUUCCUUCUUGCGAUCUUCGACGAAUGCGUUUAUUUAUUGAAAUUGUUUAUUAAGAUUCUCUCGUCAAAUUGUAUCUCGUUGUUCAAGAUCGGGGAUCUGUAUAUAUGUAUGUAUAUAUACACACACAUAUAUAUAUAUGUAUAUAUAUAUGUAUAUAUAUAUGUAUAUAUAUAUGUAUAUAUAUAUGUAUAUAUAUAUGUAUAUAUAUAUAUGUAUAUAAAUAUAUAUAUAUAUAUGUGCGAAAAAAAAAUAAUAAUAAAAAAAUAAAAAAAUAGACAAAAAAGGAAAAAGAAAAAAUAAUAAUAUAAUAAAAUAUAAAACUGAUAGAAACAAAUUUGGAAAGGGAUCCUCGAUCUUUCACGAACGAUUCUUGCUCUUUUCCCUUUAUUCACAUUGCGUACGAUCAAGAAAUGAAUAAUUUAAAUAUAUAUAUAUACACACACACACAUAUAUAUAUAUAUAUAUAUAUGUUUAUUAUUUUUAUGUUGUAUUAUAUUUUAUUUUCUUUCUUUCUUUUUCUUUCCUUUUUUUGUACAGUUCGUUAAAUAUAAUUUCGGAAUUAUCGAGAGUAGGCGAUUAAUAUCCUUCCGAAGAAAGGAUAAUUUCUUUUGUUUUCUUUUUUAUCUUUUUAUUUAUGCGUGUUAAUUGAAAAAUACAAGCUAAGUAUGCACUUGGUGGUGUGAGAAAGAGAGGAUAAGACGAAGAAAAAAAAACAAACAAAAAUUGAAAAAAAGCAAAAAAAACGAAACAAAAAAAUGAAACGAGGAAAGAAUAAUAAUAUUACAGGACUAAUGCACGCGUGUGUCCAAUAAGAGAAUGAGGAGCAAUUAUAAUAACUUAAGGACUAAUUUAUUCUCAUUUCAUUUAUUCCUUUCGAUUGAACUUUCGAAUGAAACAUUUGAAAUCCUUCGACGAGGACGAACUUAUCCUUUCACCCACCUAACCCACCUCUCUCUCUCUCUCUCUCUCUCUCUCUCUCUCCGUCUCUCUCUCUUUCUCUCUCUCGAUCGAUCGUUGUAAAUCGAAUUUCAUGCGUGCUUGUAAAUUCUAGUCAAAGAUCGCGAUUAAGAACGAUCGAGAAUUAGAUAAUCAGAUGAAUAUAUUUUUUUCUUUUUACUUUUUCCGAUCGUUGAAAUCCCAUUCAUCGAAUAUACGAUUACGAAAAAGAACGUAUCGAUCUUUCGUAUUUCGAUAUUUAACUAUACCUAUCGAUAAUAAAUCAAUCAAUUAUUUACAAUAAGAUUGACUGCAAAAAGAUCGUUACGUUUGAUAAUAAUUUCAUUCAUUAAUCGUCGAUAAAUACAUUACGAAAGAGUUCGAUUGAUUUGUAAAAAUAAUAGAUUAUUAUUCAACUACUCGUUGAAUGAUUUCCUCGUAAAUAAUAAAAUAAACACACAUAUACGCGCACGCGCGCGCACACACACAUAUACACUCACACACAUAUAUACACGCACAAUUCUUAUAAUUUAUCUCCUCCUCUCGAUAAAAUAAUAAAUGUUAACGUGUUUCUUCGAUCGUUGAAUGUCGUUUCUGCAUUUGUAUUUACGUUUGUUGUAAUAAAAGGGACGAGUAAUGAGCGUUACGUAAAAGCA